AUGUGUUGCAACUACUAUGUAAACUCCUGUGGGAGCUGUGGAUACGGCUCUGGCUAUGGCUGUGGCUAUGGCUGUGGCUAUGGCUGUGGAUACGGCUCUGGCUAUGGCUCUGGGUACGGCUGUGGCUACGGCUGUGGCUAUGGUUGUGGAUAUGGAAAUGGCUGCAGAUAUGGAAGUGGCUGUGGAUACAGGUCUGGCUGCGGAUAUGGCUGUGGAUAUGGAGGUACCUUUGGAUAUGGCUGUGGUUACGGCUCUGGAUGCUGUGGCUACCGACCACUUUGCUACAGAAGAUGCUAUUCCUCUUGCUGCUAA